AUGUCCCACGUCCCACCAACCGAGUCCAAUCUCAAUCCAGAAGAACCGAAAGCACCACAACAGUCUCCUCAGUUCCAACAAGUACCUCCACCAAAUUACUACCAAUUUCCACCUCAAUCCAAAUUACUACCAAUUUCCACCUCAAGGUUACUACCAAUUUCCACCUCAAGGUUACUACCCUCCUCAGCUUAUGCCUUACUUCCCCAACCCUUGGAUGUUCCAGCAAUUCCAAUCUCAAUACAAAUCGAAGAGAGACCAAGACUUCGAAGAAGGUCUGAACCGCUUACGCAAAGAGUAUGCCACAGCUCCAAUUGA